AAACCACUCCGUGUGGUUAUUUGGAACUUACCAGAGGUCAUGCAGUAAAUAAUAUAAAAUGCAUAAUUUAGUAUAAUUGAUGUAAAUGUGAUAUUAUAUUUUACUAGCAUUCAGUUUUCCGAUUUUUCAUGAACAAUAUUUGAAUAGAAGAUUUAUGGAGAAAUGUCAAUUCCAAAAAGACUUAAAUCAGGGACAACAAAAUGAAAUCUAUGCAUUUUUCUCUCAUCUAUCAUGAACACUCGUCGGAAAAGUGUGGCAUUGCAGAUCCCUGAUUUCUCAAAGGGAUCAAAGGCUAAAGACAAGGACGAAGUCAGUAUAUGGACCAUUGUCUCUACAGGCAAUGCUGAGGGUUUGCGACAAUUCAUCAAAGCCAAUGGACAUGCCAGUCUCAGCAAAAGAACAGGCAACUUCCGCUCUCCGUUGGGACUUGCUGUGUAUCUUGAAAAUCCGGAACUGGUACAAAUAAUGCUUGAAUGUGAUCCGAAACCGGAUGUGAAUAUCGCGGAUAAAAAUGGAAACACGCCUCUCCAUGAGGCGGUGGAACGGGGUUAUUUACAAAUAGUUAAACAACUCGUGAACACAGGGUUGUGCAAAUUGGAAUUGAAAAACCCGCAAGGAUACACACCUUUAAUGACUGCUGUUUACCAUGACUAUGAGGAGAUAGCAGAAUCGCUUAUCAUUGCAGGUGCAGACGUCGACGCGUCCGGAGCUAAGGGAAGAACAAUUCUAUUUAUAGCAGUGUUGGAGAGCAGUCUGAAUUGUAUGGAGCUCCUGCUGAAGAAUGGCUGUAAAACGAACGUCAGGGACAACCAUGGCUUCACCAUCCUUAAAACCAUUUUCAAAACUAACUCCAUCAUCAAAGCUGAGGCAAUCAAACUACUUCAAAAAUUCGAGUAUAGCAUUGACUAUGACCGGCAUUACUUGGAAGAGAUGGUAAAAAAAAGUCGGGACCCACAAGACAAAGUGUACGCCGAAAUGUUGUUGCAGAAAAAGUCUAUUAAGGAGGCAUGUCAGAAUCCUUUUUCUAAUGGUGGGUGGAGCCGCCGGAAUUCCGCAGCAACCAGACGCAUCUCUAAUGUCAGCGAGAUCUCCCUGUCCUUUAUUUACGGAAAACAACUGUCAAUCACAGAUAUUGAGGAAUGUGAACCUUAAAAUGCAGUGGCUAUUGUGUAUUUGUAUUAUAUUGUGCAUACACUAUGAAAAACAUUUUUUAUAAGAAUAUUUAGGUAUGUUCGCAUUUUUCAUUUGUCACAUUGUUAAAGAGAAUUACGCCGACACAGAGAGGAGGGGUUGUCGGAUAAUUAUUACUCUUGAUUAAAUUUCUAUAUUUUUGCCUAGGCAUGCCA